GUUGAUUUGUAAGUAAUUAUUUUUUACUCGAACAAACUAAGGACGGUUAAUCCAUUAUUCUUUAAAGAUGGCGGCCUCCAGGUAGCGGUAAAUUGAAACAUGUCUUCAAAAGCAUUAAAAAUCUUGGUCUCAGGCGAUGUUGAGGGGAACCUAGACAAAUUGUUUGGCCGUGUCAACACCAUACAGAAGAAAAGUGGUAGCUUUGAUUUGCUGUUGUGUGUUGGAGAAUUCUUUGGGAGUAACACCAGUGAAUGGGAGAAGUACAAGAGUGGUCAAAGCAAAGUCCCAAUAAGCACCCUGAUACUAGGACCCAAUGACCCAACCUUGUCGGAGUGUUACCAGAACAACACAGAUGGGGUGGAGCUUUGUGAAAAUCUGACCUACCUAGGUAGAAAAGGAACUUUCACAGGUAGCUCAGGCCUGUCUGUGGCGUAUCUGAGUGGGAAGGAAGGGGACCGGUCCGAGCUGGGGGUCUUCUCUCGGCAGGAUGUGUCCAGCCUUCUUCUGCCCUGUGAGGGGGACACAAAGUUCAGGGGAGUGGACAUCUUACUGACCUCUCAAUGGCCAAAACAACCAGCUAAAUAUGCAUCAGAUGUGGAGCUGGACACAGAGCAGUGUGGGUCGGACCUGAUCAGUCAGCUGGCCCUCGGGCUGCGGCCUCGCUAUCACUUCUGUGCCACUGAAGAUGUCUUCUAUGAGCGACAGCCUUACAGAAAUCACAAGGUCUUAGUGGAGAAAGAGAAACAUGUGACCAGGUUCAUUUCUCUUGCCAAAGUAAACAACUCUCAGAAGAAAAAAUAUUUAUAUGCUUUCAAUAUCAUUCCACUUUGCAACAUGGAUGAGGCGGAAUUAACCAAACAGCCAAGUGAUGUAACAGAGUGUCCAUAUAAAAAAGGGUCCUUUAACCAUCCUGACAAGGAUGAGCCUGCUCAGUUUUUCUAUGAUACCAAUACUACAGAAAAAGGGAAAAAGAGGAAGAGAGAAGAUAAGAGAGAACAAAAAAAGCACCCCCGCCCGUCCGGACCCUGCUGGUUUUGUCUUGGAUCCCCUGAGGUAGAGAAACACCUUGUGGUCAGUGUAGGGACUGAGUGUUACCUGGCCCUGGCUAAGGGUGGUCUAGUGCCAGACCACGCCCUAAUUCUGCCGAUCGGUCACCACCAAUCAAUGGUCCUCGCCCCUGAUGGCGUCCGAGAGGAAAUCGACAAAUACAAAAAAGCUCUGAUUGAACUCUACAAGCAGAACAAUAAAAGUGUCAUAUUUUUUGAGAGAAAUUAUAAGACUCAGCAUCUUCAGAUACAGGCAGUGCCAUUCCCGGAUGACAGAAAGCAAGAAGCUAAAGAUAGCUUUAUGGAAUGUGCAGAGGCUGAAUCUCUAACACUAGAUGAAAUUCCUAAACACUCUGAUCUCAAGCAGAUCGUUCCUGUUGGGGCGCCUUAUUUUUAUGCAGAACUUCCCACAGGGGAAAAAUUGCUGCAUAGGAUCUCCAAAAAUUUUCCUCUCCAGUUUGGCAGAGAGGUUCUGGCCAGCAUCCAACUGCUGAACAUGCCAGAGCGCGUGGACUGGAAGGCUUGUAAAAUAAAUCGGCAGGAGGAGGAGACACAUGCUGAGGAUUUCAGGAGGCAGUUCGAACAGUUUGAUUUUACUUUGGAAUAAAAACAGCAAGUGAUCAGUUUUAGUGGAGAGUGUCAAAACUUUAAAAAUAUGUGUGCAAUAGUUUGAGGAACUGGAACACUCUGUUAUAUCUGACCUGACAGCAUGAAAUGUAUGAUAAAUUUGGUCUGUGUGUCUUGGAGGUUGUAUUUUAGCAAAGAAUCAUUGAAUAUGUCUUGAGAAACAUGUUUUUACCAGUAAGUGGUAAUGAAAUAUUUAAAAUGAAAUAUUCAAAUGAAAAAUAUCUCCAUUUAAUAUAACAGAAUAUUUUUGUUAAAUUGUAUUCAGUUUUGUUGCAACAAAUGUGCAGCCAUCUACUGAAGUUAAAUUCUGUAAGACUAAGUAUUCUGAAACCAUGUAAUAAUAGAUGCAAGGACGUGAAUUUAUAUUAAAAAGUUUUUAAAAUUUU